AUGCUAUGGCUAAUAAUUCCAUUAGCUUAUGCACUGGAAAUAAAAUCGAAAUCAUUUAAAAUCGUUCAAUUCACAGACUUGCAUUAUGGUGAAGGCGAUACACAAAAUAAGCAGAAUAUGAAAUUGCAAAGUACGAUAUUAGGAUUCGAAAAACCUGACAUGGUUGUUAUUACUGGAGACAUGGUAAGCGGAUACUCGUGGAAUGGGGAGUUGGGCUGAUAUAAGGAAUACCACAAGAUGGUCAUCCAGCCUAUGAAAGAUCAUAAUAUUCCUUGGGCUAUAGCACUAGGAAAUCAUGACAUAGAAGCUGAUCUGAAUGGAGAACAGAUUAUCGAACUAGAAAAGCAGGAGCCCUUAAGCUUAGCAAAGCAGGGACCAAGCUAUAUUAGUCAUUAUGGCAAUUAUGUUGUCCCAAUCACUUACAAAGGAAAAUUAGAAUUUCUUAUAUGAAUUUUAGACUCAGGAGAUAAGCAUCACUGUGGGAUGCUAUUUGGGUAUGACUGCGUGCAUGAAGACCAACUAGAAUGAGUUAAAAACACACAGAAAGUUAUUAAUGAUAUCCACCAAAAGGAAAUUCCUGGGUUGAUGUUUAUGCAUAUUCCACCACCUGAGUAUAUGAAGCUUUGGGAUAAUUAUGCAUUUUUGAGUAAUUGAGGUGUCAGUAUCACAUUUUUUAAAAAUAAAAUCUAUAAGAAAAUAAAAUCAGAAAAGCUAGUAUAAAAAAAAUAAUUUAGCUUACUCCCCCCCCCCCCUCCGUGAGCGAACAAAACCAUUAGAAAAAUCGCCAUUUUUUGACCAAAAAACCCACCCUCCGUGAGUGAACAAAAAUUUUUUUAAUAGAAAAAAUUUUAAUGGAAAAAAAUUUUGAUAUAUAAGUGAUAAUUAGUAUAAUGAAAUCUAGAGCUAAUUCUGUUUAAUUUUAAACAAAUUGCGUUUUAAAACAUAAAUUUUGCAAAUUAAAUUAAUAUUUGCUUCCCAAUUUUUGCAAAUUAGGAUUUUUUUUAAAUUUCGAAAAAAAUAUUUUUUUAUAAAAUUUAUAUAUAAAUUUUUUUUAAAAAAAAAAAUUAACCCCCCCCCUCCGUGAGCGAACAAAAUUUUUUUGUUCGCUCACGGAGGGGGGGGGGGGAGUUAAUAAAAAUAUAAUGCAAGAGGAAAUAAAUAUGAGCCUGUUUCUUGUUGGGGAAAUCAUACAGAAUAUUUUAUAGAAGCAUUAUCAGGAAUCCUUGGAAUAUCUGUAGGCCAUGAUCACUAUAAUGACUAUGAAGGAAUAAUAAAUGGGGUCAAAAUGUUCUAUGGAAGAAAAAGUGGGUAUGCAGGUAACGGACCUGAACCUUUUUAUCCAAAAGGCGCAAGAGUUUUUGAAGUUAUUCCAGAAUCUAAGACAGUGAAUUCUUGAAUAAGAGAAGAAUCAGGAAAUGUAGUUGUGCAUUCUGGUAGAGCAGGGAAUUUUGAAAAACAAUCUGUUUGUGUAGAAAGCUCAAGACUAGGCUUAAAUUUGAUAAUUGGAGCCAAAUUUUUGCUUGGAAUUUUAGGACUGGCUAUGACUAUAACUGGUUGCUAUUGCUAUGUGAAAAGGCAUUUUAGAAUAAAAUAUAAGGAUGAACAUUUUUCAGUAUAA